AUGCAAAACCAAGAAGGAGAGAACAUUAUCGAAGGCCAAGGACUAGUUCUUAUGAAAUACUGCAACAAUUUCCAAAACUUCUACAUUUUCACCAAGGGAUGUCAAAGCUACACGGACCUCCUUGCUAGGUAUCCCAUGUAUGAAAAACAAGUUCCUGUCGUCGGAACUUUCGUCCACUUCCAAGCCAAGUGAGCUUCCCUUUUUUCAAACAGCUAACAAGUCUAGAUUGUGCGCAUAAAUAAUUGAACUUUUUCGCGUAUGAAAACUAUUAUGUAUAUUUUUCUGUGCGUUUGCACACCACUUUCACAUGUACUUUGCUUCAAAAUAGCUGGAAUUUAAUGGAAUCAAACUAUACUGUGAGUGUGGGCAUUAACUAACUUCACUUUGAAAUAUCUUUGCUGGUUUUUUGAAAAUAAUGGUAAAUUUACACAAAGGUCUCCCUGUGAUCCAUUUCAAGCGUUUUCGUAAGUUCCUUUCUGCUUUUAAAGACUUUAUAAAAGUAGAAAAUUUCUGAGGACAUUGAUUUUGCUUUUUUGGGGUUUCGUUCUAAAGAAAAACUCCUUUUCAGAAAGUCAGAGUACGAUAAACGACUAAAAAAGAAGAACAGCUUGGUUUUUCCAAAUUCGGUCAGGGAAAUGACAGAAACUCCGGAAGGAAUCGACUGCGAAUUGGACGAGGACGGCGACGUUAUUGUCAGUUCAAAUUUCUCUUCUGUGUCUUUUCCAGGAAGCUUUUCGAAUGCUAAGAGAAGGUUCGAAUCGUUUAACAAUUUGAAGAAAAACCGUGAAUCUCUUCUAUUCUUUUUCAAUUACUCUUCUAUUAAAACUAUGAAACUGCUUAGAAAAAAUUCAACGAACCCCUGAGGGAACUGUUGAAAUUUCAGCUAACAAUAUCAAACUUCCGAACGGGUCCAGAAAUCGGUAGAGGUUACCACGAAUGGGCUGGCGAGUUCGGCGAUUCCAGUGAGAUCCUAGAGCCCUUUUCCAGGUCUCCAUUCUUACUUUGAGGAAGAAAAUAAGUUGUUUUCAAGAUAUCACAGCAUAAGAUUACGCAAAUGCGUCAAAGACUACAUUUACCCUUGGGAUGUGAUUUUUGCCCAGAAAAAAACGGUAGCUUGUCCAGAAAAUAUUCAAGUAACAAAAUAAAAUUUAAGGAGAACGACGGCGAGAAAGUAAGAUCGCUGGUGGAGCUGUUUCAAAGGCUACUUUCAAACGACUACUUGAGGGAUCAAAUCCGAAAACACGAGCCGACAAUUUUAGAAGAAUUUGAAUCAUUCUGAAUCUCUUGAUACCAUUUAAUUUUUCUGGUUUUUUUAUUUGAAUCAUAAAAUUUUUAUAAAAUGAUUAUUCUGACUGUCGAAAACAGAAAAAAUAUGUCGCCACGACCCCCAAAUACAAUUUUCUUUUUCGUGUAGGAGUGUCGUUGGAAAGUGGAUUGCGGCGCAAAAGUUAGAAAAAAGAGCCUCCUUUCAAGUUACGCGUAACGUAGUUUUUUUCCAGAUAAAAUAAAAUUCUGAACAAACUCUGAUCAUCGGAAGUAAGUUUUAUUUCAUGUUCCGCCUCUGAUUUAUAUUUUUUUUUGUUUUCAGGAAACUUAUUUUCAUGAUAUUUCAGUGGAAAAAAAAACCACUUAAAUUUUUCGGAAUGGCGCGCAGACUGUAAAAUUGAGUUAGGAACUGCGGAGCAUACUGGAUAUCCUGAUAUCUAGAUGCAGAAUACUUUAUUCCAAACGAACGGAGUGUACUAUGAAAGAACACAACAUUUUCAUUAAUGAACAGUGAAAUCUGGUCAUCUGGUCAUUAAUGCAUUAAAUUUAAUGUCCAGAUUGUAAUCAUUUUCAGAAAAAAAAACAUCCAUCCAAAAAUUCGUGUUCAUUCAAAAAUUUUAGAAGGUUAUUGGUCUGGAUUAUGUAAACGAAACUGCGGAAAAGUUUUACAUUUCAUGUCAAUGGUAAUCUUUUUCGUCUUUUUUCGUUUUCCAUGCAGAACUUGGUGAGCUUCGUUUGAUUUUUAAAUCUCAAAAAUUGAGAAAACGUUCAACUUUUUUAAUAAGAAAUUCAGGAUCAACUCGAAAAAAAUGGGUUUCAAGUGAAGGCGUCAGAAAAGAAGUCUCUGGCUCAAAAAUUGCCGAGGUUUGUAUUAUUAUAUUAUCGCAAAUAUAUUUCAAAAACUUACGUUUAAUUUUUUUGGAAACGAAUGGUUUUUGAUGAAAGAACAAGUCUAGCGGUCUCAUUAAUCAAAAGUUUCUCUAAUUUUUGGGAGUCCAUUCUUUUUUUCGUGAUUAGAAAAAAAAAAUAAUUUUUUCACUUUUUAUUCACAAUAAACGAUUCAAGACAGCUGCACAGGGCCUACAUCGAACCCUUCAAAAAUUGGCGUAACUUCAAAAAAGCGCUUUUGGCUUUCUUUCCCAUCUUGGAAUGGCUACCAAAGUACGACUACAGGUGACCUUUUACGAUGAGAAACAACCAAAGUUAUUUCUUUUUUUAGAAAUCGUCUUCAGGGCGACAUCACAGGUGGUUUGACUAUUGGAGUCAUGCACGUCCCUCAAGGUCCUUUCGAAAGAAAUACAAUCAAUAAAGCUUUCAAAAAACUUCUUCAUCGAAAUUUGAAUGAACUUGCGAAAAAUUGUUUACUUUAUUUCUCACAAUUGGCUUUGUAAUUGCAAAAGGCGUUCGGAGCUCAUGACUCUAUCAGUGCGCGUUUUGAGGCCGACGAUAUUUUUCACGAAUGCGCCUUGAAAGUUGACGUUUAGAGAACUUUUGAAGAUUGUAUAAAAACACACAUUGAAAGUUUAAAUUUGAAAAAACUCUGCAGCGAAAAAAUAAUUUUUUUUUAAGAUUUUCUCACGAUUUGCAGGCCUGGCAUACGCUUUGCUGGCCAACGUGAGCCCCGUCGUUGGUAUUUACACUUCACUGUUUCCUGCUUUGAUAUACAUGAUUUUCGGCACAUCUCAGCACGCUUCUAUCGGUAAUAUUUCAGAAGUCUAUAUGCUUCUUCUUGCAAAAAAUAAUCGUGAAUAGAGAAACUUAAGGAUCUUUCGCUGCGGUGUCUCUUCUUUCCGGUGCCGCCAAUAGAAAAGUUAGUUUGCUGAACUUUAAAAAAAUUAAUUUCUCACUUCAUCCCAUCAAUUUUAAGAUUCUGGAAAAAUACACGGCGCCGGGACAUUUUCUGACGAAUAUGACAAUUUCUGAAGUUGCCACGACCCCUAUUCAAAUUUCUUCGACGUUGACGUUUUGCGUAGGAAUCUGGCUUGUGAGAAAUGAGCCCAACCGAAAUUCCAACUGAUUUGAGCUUUAGUUGAUAUUUGCAGUCUUCCGUCUCCAGUUCUUUUUCACCUACUUGUCCGACGCUCUAGUUUCCGGCUACACCACUGGUUUUGCGCCGUUUCUAGCUUCAAAAUGAUGGAAUUUCCAGGCGCAGUCGUUCACAUCGUCGUCGUUCAGCUCGAUGACGUCAUGGGCGUCACGUUGCCCAGCGUCAGCGGACCUGGAACGGCUUUCAUUGUCAGUUCUCCAAAAAAACGGAUUUCUUCCAAACGAAUCGAUUUUUUUAUUUGAAAAAGUAUUCGUUUGGAUGAAUAUUGAAAAUUAAAAUUUUAAGGAUUCUGAUCAUGCAAAUGGAAGAAUAAAAAUAAAAAUGUUCAUAUUUUUUGCUCAUAGUUGUGCUCGAAUUUUGAAAACAUAGGUUUUGAGUUUUCCAAUUUUACGCGCUUGUUUGGCAAGUCUAGAUUUUUGUUCUCAUUUAUUAUUUUUCUGGCUAAAGUUAGACUAAUAAAUUAUACUGAAAACGCUAUGUAAGAUUUUUGUGCUAUGAAGAUCUCUUGAAAAAAUUAUGGCCGGAAACAAAAUCAAGCUAAUUUUUGGUCGUUGAGCUGAAGAAAGAUUCUUUCUUUCAAAUGUUUUUCCUGAUGCUGUGGAAGGCUGAUUUUUGGGCCAAGGUCAAGCUUACCAUUGAACUUAUGUCUAAAGAUGAUACUACAAGUUCCAUGAAUGGAGGGUCAGACAUUUUGCCUCGAAUUUCAUUUCAUUAUUCUCAUCUCGCUUCGUUCCAGAUUGCGAAGGAACUCAUUUCGCGAAUUCCCGACAUCAAUCCAUACUCGCUGAGCAUCGGCGUCAGCACGUUCAUCGUCCUUUUCUUUGCACAAGACGUCGUCAAGCCAUGGGCUCAGAAGAAGUUCAACCUCAGAGCCCCUCUGCCUACUGAACUUGCCAUUGUCCGUUUCUAUGACCUUGCCGAUACAACUUAUAUUGAAGAUGGCUAUUUCUCUGGCAUUUUCGCGCUCGAUGGACUGGAAGCACCGUUGGGGCUUGAAUGUCGUCGGAGACGUUCCGACAGGGUCAGAAACAUCUUCUCGUUGAUUUUUUUUUUAAAUUGCAAUGAGGUUUUUUUCUAUGUCUUUUUACGCUUAGAAGCUGAGUUUUUCUUAUCCUUCCGGUACUCUCUUCUUGAUCUAUCCAUCAAAAAAAAAAGAAAAAAUUAAGACCCGAUUUACUCUUUUUCGGUCAGACAAACUCCCAGUGAAAAAAAUUCGUAAACAUUCCGAGUUCUUUCCGACAAACUUUUUCUCGUACCUUGAUGGUUUAUUUUUGUAGCUGUAAUUCUAUUUAAAUUAAUUGAAAAAUAGCUUCCUCGUUGCAGAAUUCCGUCCCUGAUGCUGCCCCAAGGGUUUCUCAUGUUCGACUGCCUGGUCGAGUCGUUCGGAAUAGCGGUCGUCGUGAUCGUCGUCCACGUCGCCAUGGCCAAGGUCAUGGCUCAGAUGUACGACGUCACCUUCGACGAGCAGCAGGAAGUCUACGCGAUGAGUCUGACCUCGCUCUUUUCCGCUUUUCUGCCGGUCUAUCCGCCGAGCAACGGCCUCGGCAGAACCGUGCAGAACGCCAAGGCCGGCUCUAGUUCUCUGGUGAGGAAGAUUUUCUGCUUCUACUGAUGAAGGUGCUUUAUUAUGGUUACAACUAAUGAUGAAAAUUGAAGAACGGAGUUAGAUAAUAACAUUAAAAAACUAUCUGGAGACCUGAAAGGACUAUUAGUUUGAAAAGAAACGGUCGUAUGAAGCCCUAACGAGCUUCCUGUCGAUCGAGGAAUAUUCAAAAAAGAAGAAAUAAGUUUACAGUACCUGGGAAGUUGGGGAUAGGAAUUAAUAAGCUAAUCAGACAGAAGAAGUUUUAAACUUUUGAGGCGGUAUUCAGUAUAUAAUUGACUAGUUUACUUAUUUCAUGGUUGACGAUGACGUGAAAAGAAAGCAUCAGGAAAAAGUCAGAAGAAAAAAGUUUCGAGAAGGGAAAGGGUCAGAGAAAUUUUUUAAAUGAAGGAAGAUCAAGAAGAAGCCAUCUUUUAUUAGACUGAAUAUAUUCUGUUUGAAUAGUCUAUAAGAGAAUAAGAUCUGCUCUGAUUUUUCUCUUCUAGCUUUCCACGGUGUUCAGCUCCGGGUUUUUGUUCUGCGUCAUGAUGUGGGUCGGUCAGUUGCUCAGCGAUCUGCCAAAUGUUUGAAUAAUCAAAUUACGUUUCUAAUCGAUGUUCUUAAGUGCGUUUUAUCGGCGAUUAUCCUUGUCAACUUGGUAUUGAUGUUCAAGAAAUACGAAUAUUUGAAAAAUUUAUACUCUUUGUCGAAAGUCGACUUUGUAAGCUGUUUGCCUUAUGUAAGCCUUAUAUCCAUCGCCGUUCAUUCAUUCAUUUUUUGAGACUCUCUGGAUGAUAUCCUUCUGGGCGACCGUGAUAAUUGAUGUUAGAGAUGGCCUUUUUGUGGCGAUUUUCUGCGCUUUGCUCAGCGUCGUUUUCCGCGUCCAGUGGUUCGUACAUACAUAUCUUUUCGACGAUCUUUAAUUUAUUAUUUAAUUUUCCACAGCAUCUUGAUUGAAAUUUCAGGCCUAAAUGGCAAUACGCGAUGAAGGUGAAGCCGAAGAAAGAAGAUGCAGAAACUUGUGUCUAUCGAUUUGAUGGCCCUCUGCUUUUUGUGAACGUGGAAAGGUUCAAAAAGACUUUUCAAGCCGCAGUGGAAAAUUGGGAAAGUCGAAAAGUCCUGAGAAAAGAGCUUUUAUCAAAGUUGCAAUAAUGCUUCAGGAAACAGUGAAAGAGAGCAUUUUCGUGUUGGACUUCGGCCUCGUUACCAGUACCGACCACAUGGGUGUCAUUGCCGUGAAACAGGUCGGGUUUUCUUUCAAAUUCUGCAAGCUCCUAUAAAGUUUAGGCGACAGAAAGUUUGUUAGCGCGUGGAAUUACUGUCAAGUUCAUUUCCACGAAUGGUAAAGCCUUUCUUAAAUUUUGUUAUUGAAUUUUUUCAGAAUCGCUCAAGCGAAAGUUUGAAGUCGGCGGUGUUUCGAGCACGCUCCGAGAAAACUGA